AUGCUGGACGCGAUAUCGCUCGGCGACGCCGCCGCACUGGCCGCGGCGGCCGGGCUCGCCGCCGCCGCGGCGCAGGCGCCCGCAGAAGCCCUGGAGCCACUCCUGCCCGUCGUCGCCGGCGGGGCGCUCGGGCAGCUGCUCGGCCACGGGGGGUACCAGCAGCGCUGCGCGGGGCUGGCGGUGCUGCGGCAGUUGGCGCGGUGCCCUGCAGCCUGCGAUGCGCUCGCGGCGGCGCUGGCGGGCGCGGACGGCGCCGGAGUGGCUGAGGGCGGCGGGAGCGGCGCACAGAGGCGGCGGGUCUCGGGCGACGCGGGGGCGUUGGAGCAGCAGCAGCAGCAGCAGCAGCAGCAGCAGCAGCAGCAGCAGCAGCAGCAGCAGCAGCAGGAAAGGGGCAGGCGGUCAGAACCAGCGGCGCAGCCUGCACCUGGCCGGCUGCAGGCGAACGCAGCCAGCUCGGGCGAGGACGCACGCUGUGGCGGCGGCGGCGCUGGCGGGGGCUGCUCGCAGCCGGUGGCGGCGGUGAGCAACGCAGCAGCGGCAGAUGUGAUGCUCGGGCUGCUCAACUGCCUGAGCGCCCCUCUCGAUGGCGGCGGCGGCGGCGGAACCGGUGACCCCCGCCAGCGGCGCGACCCCCGCGCCCCCGCGCCCGCCGGGCGCUGGGGCGCGUUCGAGCUGCAGCGGCGCGCCCUUGAGGCGGUGGCGGCCCUCGCGCAGGCGCGGCCGCGUGGCACGCUGCUGGGGGCGCUGUUUUCGGAGGAGCUGUCCUGUGGUGAGGGCCUCGCCCAGCGGCUGCUGGCCCUGGCUGAUGCCGCCUGCUCGGCGCCUGCCUCCGACCCCCUGGCGUGGGCGCGGCCCGGCCCGCGGCCCCGCGGCGGCGGCGCGUGUGGCGGCGGCGGCGGCGGGGAGUGGUGGGAGCGGAUGCGGCUGGCGCAGGAGGCGGCGCUGCUGGCGCGCUCGCUGAUUUCGGGGUCGGAUUCUUUGGCCAAGGCGGCGGUGGAUGACCUGCUAUCCAGCCCUGCGGCCCUGCGGCUCGCAUUGACAGCCACUGCCAAGCUGGCGGAAUGGGCGCGCUGCUGCUCCGACGCCGGCAGCAGCGGCAGCGGCGGCGGCGGCGCGGCCGGCGGCGGCGGCGGCGACGGGCCCCUGCAGCCGGCGCUGUGGGCGCAGGCGCUGGCGGGCGGCUGGGGGAGCGGCGGCGGGGACGCCCUGCGGGACGUCGCGGCGGCGGCAGCAAGCCUGCGGCGGAGGAUGCUGUCGUUUCCGUGA